ACUGAAACUUUCUCACUCCACUUCCUCUUCUGGCUCGAUUUGCAAAAGCCCCAUCAAAAAGCUUUCUCUGUGUCAGUGGAGUUUCCACAGUCGCUCAGCUCUAUGCACAGCAAUGGACAGCAGGGUUCAAGGCGGUAAAGCAUAUGGCGUCCUCAAGUCUCAUCAGGAAGAAAAACUGACCUCUGUUAAUGAGGCCUUUCUUUCAGAUCCCCAAUAUGCAGAAGAGGAAGAGCUUGCCUCAAAGCUUGAAAUGUUUAAAAAAAAAUACAUGGAGUUUGAUCUGAAUGACAAAGGAGAAAUAGAUAUAAUGGGGUUAAAACGAAUGUUGGAAAAACUGGGUCUGGCCAAGACUCACCUGGAGCUGAAAAAGAUGAUGUCAGAGGUGGUUGGAGGGACGUCGAAAGACACUUUUGGCUACAAUGACUUCCUGAAUAUGAUGCUGGGAAAAAGAAAUGCAAUACUAAAACUGAUCUUGGCAUUUGAAGGCAUGGGGAAGGAACAGGAGCAGAAAGAUGUUGGACCACCUGGUCGCAAAAAAAUUUCAGACCUGCCCUGAACAAGCUCUUCAUUCUAAACUGGAAUGAGUCUCAUUGAGACUUUUUUUUUAUGUUAACUCCUAAAUGCUUUAAAAUUCAUGUCAAUAGAGGAAAAUCUAAAACUUUUUUAUUAAAUAACUGAAUCUACAUAAAAAUAUUUGUGCAUUCUGUGUUGUGUGAUUAUGACAAAAGGUUAAACGCUACAGUACCAUACUGUACCUACAACAUUGUGAUAAGUUAAACAUAAGAAUAUCAAUGUAUGUUAUAUUUGUAUUUGCUUUUUUUUGUUUGCUAACAUUUAAAUAUGUUUGUGAUGAAAUGUUUUCAUUUAUUGGAAAAAUAACCAAAUCUAUAUACAUAUAAUAAAAAGUAAGUGAAGAAAA